AACUGGUUAUGGGGCGGGGCUCAAGGGCGGUGGCUGCCCAACCAGCGGGUGCAGACCGCCAAGACUCGAGGAGACUACUCACAGGUCCACGCCUCCGGAUUCGCCACCGAGUUUGUCCGCCGCCCCUGCCUGCGGCGCGGACCUCGGCAUCAGCGGGACUGGCUGGCCCGGCGGCGACGGACGGAUUAGUAGGCAGUCCCCAGCCUCUACUGUAGCCUCUGCCCCUUAACUUUGGUGGCCGCGUCCCCACAUUCCGGAGCCCGGACAGGUGCCGCGCGGAGGGGAUUUGGGGAAUUUGGCCUCAGGCGACUCUGGCCGCGCCUUGCGGCUGGCAGAUUUUAGCUCCCUGCUAGCCGUCGGGGCGUUAGCCCGUCGGUCUGCUGAGCGGAUGCGCUCCGACUGAGCGUCCCUAACUCGCCUGCCAUGGCCACGCAUCGGGGACCGCUCUGGCUCCUGGGUCUGGCGCUGUGCGCUCUGGGAGGCAGCCCCGGCCCGCGCCCUCCACACAGCUGUCCUCAGCGUCGGCUGGGCGCUCGUGAGCGCCGAGACAUGCAGCGUGAGAUCCUGGCGGUGCUGGGGCUUCCUGGGCGGCCCCGGCCCCGCGCGCCACCCGCUGCUGCCCGGCUGCCCGCGUCGGCGCCGCUCUUCAUGCUGGACCUCUACCACUCCAUGGCUGGCGACGACGACGAGGACGGUGGAUCCCCGGAGCGGCACCUGGGCCGCGCCGAUCUGGUCAUGAGCUUCGUCAAUAUGGUGGAACGUGACCGCACCCUGGGCCACCAGGAGCCCCACUGGAAGGAGUUCCGCUUUGAUCUGACCCAGAUCCCAGCAGGGGAGGCUGUCACAGCUGCAGAGUUCCGGAUUUAUAAGCUGCCCAGGUUGCGCCCGCCGCUUCGCCACCAGCCCUCGGUCCGGCGCCUAGUUCUACGUGGACGCGGUGGAGACGGUGAAGGACAUCCGCAAUUAGGCGAUGAUGCUGGGGGCUGGGGUGUUCGGGCUCUGCAGGAACCCCGAGAACCUAAUGGCCGCGCUGCUGAGGACCGGCGGGAAGGACCUGAAGUGGUGAGCAGCAACGUGGGUGUGGACGAUUUCGGCCUGGGCCUCUUCCUAGCCACCAAGCAGAUCCGCAGCGUGGUCUGCUCCCACCUGGGCAAAAACAGGCUGGCAUCCUGGCCGAGCGCCUCCACGCCCACGGACUACCACAAGCUAGUGCAGGAAGGUGGCCAGCAUCAGGUACUACCCCACGGCAGCCUGGCCAUCCCGAACCAGCCGGGAGAGGGAGGACUUGGCCUUGGUGAAGGGGUGGACAGUGUGGGCAACGUGAUCUUCAAGGAAAGCGCCAGGACCUUCAACGUGCCCAAGUGCAAGGCUGCAGAUGUCACGGUUGUGGAAGUGGAAGAAAUCGUGGACCUCUAUGUCAGCUUCCAGGACCUCGGCUGGCUGGACUGGGUCAUCGCCCCCCGAGGCUACUCGGCCUAUUACUGUGAAGGAGAGUGCUCCUUCCCGCUGGACUCCUGCAUGAACGCCACCAACCAUGCCAUCCUGCAAUCCCUGGUGCAUUUGAUGAAGCCAGACGCAGUCCCCAAGGCAUGCUGUGCACCCACCAAGCUGAGCGCCACCUCUGUGCUCUACUAUGACAGCAGCAACAAUGUCAUCCUGCGCAAGCACCGCAACAUGGUGGUCAAGGCCUGCGGCUGCCACUGAGGCUCUCCACUUGUACUGCUGCUGCUGUCCCUCCUCAUCUGGAUCUGGCCUCUCUCCAAAUGCAGAAGACCCCCAAACCCAGCCAAACCUAAGGCAAGAUUGGCAGGGAGGCCUUCAAACCUCACAUCCCUCCUUCAUGCCAUGUUUUGGUCCUCUCCAGGCCCCUCUGCUCCCCUUUCCCUGCCUGAGGUUGGUAUAAUGGUCCUACCUCCAGCCCUGGUGGUCUGGGUUUUUAAGCAUCAGUUUCCUGUAGCCCCCUCUUUCAAAGGCAUGAACUGAUUAGCUCUUUGGGGUCUUAUCUGCAGACCUACCCAUGCCCAUUACUGGCCCAUAUUGUGGACAAAUUGGGAUGACCUGAGAGGCACGUGGUGUCCCUAGACCAGCCACCUUGUGCUCUUUACUAUCAAUUAUAGGGUUUGGGAAUGUGUAUACAGAGUCUGGUCCUGCCUCUUGCCUGCUCCUCCCAGAUACAAAACUGGCAUCUCUGGGAAAUAGUUAAAAGCAGGGAGCUGCCCUUAGCAUUGUACAUUUAUGGAUCUGAAUUACCCAAACCACUGGUCACAAAUGGACAUGUGGGGUUAACUCAAGAUAAAGCUGAAUGAACAACACGAUUCAGGGUUAGAGACAAUGGCAUGUAUCUUCUUCCAUCUUCCUGCCUUGGGUCUGCCUCUCUUGGGGGAAGACAUCAAUACAAGAACAUUUUGCUUUGGAGAAAUAAGAAAAUCUUGGGAGGUUUCCAGUUGCUCCAUCUCUCUUCCACCAUGGUAACCCACUAAGAACUCAGGUCUGUUGAAAAUUCUUUAUGCUGAGCAAGUAUGGUGGUUGCCCUGGGUGGCCAUGAAGACAGUGCACAGCAUAGAUAUCAUCAUCUCCCUUCCCUUCCGCAUGGCAAUAUACCAAUAGUCAAUAUAAAUCUUGAUAUUUUUUAUUCUCAUUCUGGAAGAAUUUCCAAAGGAUUAGCACAGGUCUCCUGGGAAGUGUAAAGCAUGGGGAAGCAGAGGCUGGAGGUGCGCCCCAGCACAUGUUGCCCACGUAUGGAGGCAGCAGAUGUGGCAGG